CUGACGAGAAGCCUCGAGUCUUCACAAGCAAAACGAGCUGAUUAUCAUCUUGGAUGUACCUUCAUUAAUUGUACCUGCUAGCAAGCUAUUGCAUAUCCAGCUUUUCUUUCUACUCGAAAGUCCCCGAACGGUUGGCUAUAAUACAUAGGCAGGGAACUGUUACCAAAGUCUAUACCUCUUGAACAACACAAGCUUCAGAUCAUGGCGCCCCCAAAAGGGCCGCUGCGGAGAUACUAUACCCCCUAUGAGGUUGCAAUGCACAACACGCCAAGCGACUGCUGGGUGUCCUUUUUAGGAGGCGUAUACAACAUAUCGGACCUAAUAAAGGAGUAUCCGGGACCCCUAGCCGCUCCCCUCAUAGCGGCUGCAGGGCAGGACAUCACCCACUGGUUCGACCCCGAAACCCGCGACCCCCGGCGCCACGUGUGCCCCGUUACCCAGAUGGAGCGGUACUACACACCCAUGGGUCGCUUCAUCCAUGUGCCGCCCCCCGAGCCGCUGUCCAAUUGGGACACCAGCUUCGGAGCACCCUGGUGGCGGAAUGCAAGGAGGUACCAGAUCGGCCUGCUGUCGGGUCGCACGCGGGUGGUCCGCAUCCGCAAUGUGCUGACCGACCAGGAGGACCAGAUAGAGGUGCCGUGCGAGGAGACGAUGGCGGAGAUACGUGAGCGCUACAUGGAGCUCAACGCGCACGCCAAGAGCUACACCUGGAAGGCGCUGGUGCCGGACAAGAACCUGGGGGGGCACACGUUCCAGGAGCUGGACAUGAACCGCACGCUGGCUGACAACGGUGUCCCCGACGAGGGCCCGACCUUCGAGGACCACCACGUGCCCUCCGACUAUUACGUGCCAGUGCUGCAUGUGUAUUGGAACGAUGAC